GUGUGUCCAAACUAAUUGAGCCCAGGCCACGGAGAUCCGUAACCGCGAGACGUCGACGGCGGCAUGGGCGCCGAGGCAGCCACCCCGCCGGCCGUGCUCCUCGUGCCGUUCCCGGCGCAGGGCCACGUCACGCCCAUGCUGCUCCUGGCGCGCGCCCUCGCCGCGCACGGCGUCGCGGCCACCGUCGCCGUGCCGGACUUCAUCCACCGCCGCAUCGCUCGGACGACGGCCGGCAACGACGACGACCGCGAUGGCGGCGGCGGCGUGGCGCUGGCGUCCAUCCCCAGCGGUGUCGCGGACGUCGGCGACGGCGACCCGCCGGGGUUCGCCGAGUUCGGGCACGCCAUGGAGCACCACAUGCCCGCGCACCUAGAGCGCCUGCUGGCGCGCCGGCGCGUGGCCUGCGUCGUGGUGGACGUGCUGGCGUCGUGGGCCGUCCCCGUGGCCGAGCGGUGCGGCGUGCCGGCGGCCGGGUUCUGGCCAGCGAUGCUCGCGAGCUACCGCGUGGUGGCCGCCAUCCCGGAGCUCAUGGAGGAGGGGCUCAUCUCAGAAUCUGGUGCCCCUCAAUCAUCGCCGAAUCAGUCCGACGACGACGGGCUCAGGCAGGGCAAGAUGCUUCGAGCCCUCAACAUCUUGCCGGCAGAGGUAGAGCUCAACAACGGUGAGCUGCCAUGGCUCGUGGGCGACUCGGCCACCCAGAAAUCGAGGUUCGCGUUCUGGCUGCGGGCUCUGCACCGCGCGCGGAGCUUCCGAUCCGUCCUCGUCAACUCCUUUCCCGGCGAGGCCGGCGGUGUCGCCGCCGCAGACGACGGCCACCCGGCGCGGCAGGGCCCGCGGGUCCUCCCGGUGGGGCCGCUGCUGGCGGCCGGCGGGGGCGACACCAGCACGGAGCAGCGAGCGAAAGGCGACGGGCCCCCGGUGGCACCGUGCAAGCAGCAGCAGCCCAGCAGCAUGUGGCAGGCAGACUCGACGUGCAUGGGCUGGCUGGACAGGCAACGUGCGGCGUCAGUGGUGUACGUCUCGUUCGGCAGCUGGGUGGGGCCGAUCGGGCCCGAGAAGGUCAGCGAGCUCGCGCUGGGGCUGGAGGCCACCGGCCGGCCCUUCCUGUGGGCGCUCAGGAAGGACCCGUCGUGGCGCGCGGGGCUCCCCGACGGCUACGCCGACAGGGUGGCCGCCGCCGGCCGCGGCAAGGUGGUGGGCUGGGCGCCGCAGGAGGAGGUGCUCACCCACGGCGCCGUCGGCUGCUACCUCACGCACUGCGGCUGGAACUCCACCGUCGAGGCCAUACGGCACGGGGUGCGGCUGCUGUGCUGCCCCGUCUCCGGCGACCAGUUCAUCAACUGCGCCUACAUCACCCGGGUGUGGGGGAUCGGGAUCAGGCUCGGCGGCGGCAUGAGCAGGGACGAGGUGAAGGACUGCAUCGAGAGGGUCAUGGAGGGCAAGGAAGGGAGGCGUCUGCAGGAGAAGAUGGACGGGCUGAGGGAGAGAGUCGUGACGGCCGAGGCGACGAGCUUGGCGCAACGGAACGUCAAGUCCUUCGUAAACGAAAUUAGGAGGGACCAACCUCCUUUGUCGAUGCAGAUGUACAGCAUACUGUAGAGGUCGAACACUUUUGUGCCUAUCUUGUACAUUAUCAUUUUAGACAUAAUGCUUAGAUGAGCCCGGCUUAAUAUGACUUCAUAAAAGCCCUAAACGGUCCGCAACCGUGAACCGCGCCGGCGUCGCUCCCAUGGGCCGGCUCGGGCGAACCCUAGCGGCGGCGCCGCCGCCACCCCCCUCCCCCCUACUCCAGCCCCUCCCCUCGCUGCUGUUGUGCAACGUCGGCGGGUAAAGCCCGCACGGCGGUCGACGGCGGCGGUGUUGGAAAUAUGCCCUAGAGGCAAUAAUAAAUUGAUUAUUAUUAUA